AUGUCUGGUCUCCUGCGAGCGCUCAACGCUAUCGUUCGACUACCAAUAUUAGCUCGAAACGAGCUCGAAAAAGCAUGCAGAGCCGGGGCGUUAUGUAUGGCUGUUCGAGCACCUCACUGGAGACCUAAGCCAAGUCAAAAAAUUUCUGUGGGAGUAGUGCUUGAGGAUGAUAAAGACGUGGAGAAUACAGAUCCCGAGGGGCAAUUUGGGCACGACUCAUCUCAACCCAUAAAAGCAAACAUGAUAACAUAUCUUUCUUCAUAUGCCCGCGAACAAUCAUCCACGUGGAUACACUUCGAUUCGGUCUGGGCGAGAUCGCGCGUAGACUUACGAUUGUCACGAGUGCAUGGUGCAUACGAUCUUCCAGAAGGCUAUGAGUUUGCCAUAGUACCCCGCAACACCUUUCUGAUUUCUCAAGUGGCUUCGGACACUCACGAAGAUCCGGGGCUUAGUAGCGAGAUCAGUGCUAGCCAUUGUGUUCUGAAAGCAGUGGCCUCACUUAUCCAGGUUGUCGCUGCAUUCACCACCCUUCUCUCAAAUCGCCCAGAUUUGGUUAGCCGCUGGGGAUAUGCAUCAUAUCACCUAACAGUUAUACCAUAUCUUGCUAUGACUCAUGUUAACCUAAUCUCCAAUAUGGUCUCUCCAGACUAUUCUUGCUUGUAUAUGAUACGCAGCGAGACUAUGGUUGAAGCAGAGAAAUUAGGUAGAAGAUUUGAAGGAGAAAUAGCCCAAAUGAUUUCCCUCCUACCAAAAGAUGGGAUGCAAAUUGAGAAUCAAGCAUGGAGUGGUCUUACAAAAAAGGCCAACCAUCCUGCAGAUUCAACUGGUGCAUCAUUGUCUAAUAGUGGCAAUGAAAACCCAGCGUUACAGAAUGUUUUCUUCGACGAUGAAUUUCGCACGCAGUUGAAUCCGAAGGAUAUCCUAGCAAGGCCAGUGGACACGACGGAUGAAUACCAGAUCCAAAUUCCUCGUGUACCCAGGCGGUCAUCAAGAAAAGGCCUAUUAUAUACCGUUCAUCUGGUUAUGGAAGAUUUGUCAUCUGCUCGGGGUGAGAAGACAAGUUCAUUUUUCACCAUGUUGCAGAACAUGAGGGAAAAUAGGAUGAGGCUUAAAGCCUACAAAUCCGCUGACUCUUAUAUUAAACGGAUUAUGAUUAUAUAUAAUCUUGCAUUGAAAGAUUGUAUUAUUCCAAUAAGUUCGGGGGACUAUGCAGACAAUAAAGAAAAUUCCAAUGAGACCCAAUUCAGAGUACUUUCACCGAUCACUGAUGGUGAAGAGAAUUGCCUGGCCGCAUCUAUUUCCAAUGUGCGUAUGCUACUUAAACUGCCGGAAAGACCCACUACGACUACUGCAUCGAUCGCCGAGCCCGAAGAGCUUCUUUACUUAUCAAAUAUAACAAGAACAAAUGGACGAAUAGGAUGGGCUAUACUAGUAGAGAUUAGUAUCGGAGUUUGUGUUGUAGGUCUCUUCUUUGGGUUAAUUGCGGGAUUGACGAAAUUCCAUUCUGGCGAGAGUUCCGUAACUGAAAGAGGUAUCAUGAUGACUUGGCUUGCUAGUGGUCUAUAUGCAUUCUGUCUUCCCCUACUCAAUACCCUUGAGCUACUCAAGGUCCUCUUUUUGUUUCCAAUCUUUUUUUCUUUGUAUCUAUCGGGUGCUCCCGACUUCUAUCAUACUAGUUAUGAAAUGGACAAAACGCUUCGAAACGAGGAACAAAGCGUGAAUUGGCGGUUGGAAAAAGAGGACUAA